AUGGGAUCUACCACAGGAGCGGACAAGACCAUCAAGGUCCUCCUCAUCGGCGACAGCGGCGUGGGUAAGUCCUCCCUGCUGCUCUCCUUCACCACUGGGGCCUUUGACGAGAAUAUUUCGUCGACCAUCGGCAUUGAUUUCAAGGUGAAGAAGGUGGACGUUGUAGAUGCCCACACGGGCGGCAAGACGACCGUGAACCUGCAGCUAUGGGAUACGGCAGGACAGGAGCGCUUCCGUACCUUGACCAGCUCCUACUAUCGCGGUGCGCAGGCUGUUGUGCUCGUCUACGAUGUUAACGAUCCGCAGUCUUUCCACGGGCUCAAGAAGUGGCUCGAUGAAGCGAAUAGCUAUUGCCGCCGUGACGAGGCGGAGAGUAGCAGUAUGGUGUUCCUGCUGAUCGGCAACAAGACGGACCUGUGCCCUGAUGAGAACUCGAUGCCGCUGCCCCGCUCGACUGCGCAGGGGUUUGCCCAACAGAACAACAUGCUGUUUGCCCUCACCUCUGCUAAGACACGGAUCGGGGUGGCGCAGGCAUUUGACGAGGUGGCGCGUAGUGUGUAUGAUAAGUUGCAGGACUUGGAGCAGUACGAGCGACGUCGGAUCACGAACUUGAACGAUGGCGGCAACAACGGCGCUGGACAGGGCUGCUGCUAG